AUGGUCCUGAUCGGGAUCCUCAGCAAGCAGUGGCGUGUCGUCGCCGCCGCCGUCUGCGUGACCAUCCUCCUUGUCAGACUGACGGAUCCGGUCCGCCACGUCGGCCUGGCGAAACCGCCGCUGGAGGAGGCUCGCCCCGGCGACCCUCUCGUUCCGACGGAGCCCGGCGAGAAGCAAGAGCCGCACGCGUCAAGGCCGUUCGGCAUUCCCGGCGCACCCGGCACCAUCCCGGGCGUCCCGGGCAAGGUGUGGCACGCAGCCAACGACGACAACUUCACUGGCGAGCAGAGAGACGUCAUGGACAGCUGGCUGCGCAAGAACCCCGGCUUCCGGCACGAGCUCCUGACUACCAGGCAGGCCGACAACUACGUCAUCGCCAACUACAACCACACGCGGCCCGACAUCGUGGCCUUGUUCACGGUUCUGCCCAUCGCCAUCCUGCGGGCCGACCUGCUUCGGUACCUGAUCCUGCUGUCCGAGGGCGGCAUCUGGAGCGAUCUCGACGUCACGUGCGAGGUUGACGUCGGCCACUGGCUGCCUGCCGACAUGCACGCCGCGCGGCCGGAAAUCAGCUUGAUCGUCGGGCUGGAGUUUGACGCCCCGGCCCCGGCCGCCGAGGAGCGCCCUGUGCAUUCCCAGUUUGCCAGUUGGGUCUUGGCUGCUCGCGCGGGCUCGCCGCACCUGCAGCACGUCGUGGACGCCGUCGUCGAGGGGCUGUACGACAUUGCCAGGGAGAACGAGGUCGGGCCGAGCGGCAUCACGCUCGACAUGAUCUCCGACGUUAUCGACGUCACGGGCCCCAAGAAGAUGACGCUCGCAGUCUUGCAAAGCCUGAGCCGGAUGCUGGGCCGAACCGUCGACGACCGAGACGUCGCGGGGUUGCGGAGGCCGCGGCUGGUCGGCGACGUCUUGGUCAUGCCCGGUGCGGCCUUUGCUGCCCAGCAGAAUCAUUAUCCCACAGAUCAGGGGGAGCCGCUCGUGACCCACCACUAUGCCGGCUCUUGGAAGGCCGAGGCCGACGCGGCGCGCGAGAGACGGAAGAAGAAGGAAGAGAAGGAGAGGGAGAGAAUGGAGGCCAGGGACAGAGGACAGGCAGUGUGA